GGAUGUGGAAUACUAUGGGCUCGUAUACGGUAUCCCAACAGGCACUAUAUCAGGUCUAUAAAAAUUUAAAGUACUUCAUGUAGUAUUUUAUUGCAGUAUGAAACCAUCUAAAGUUUAAGUUGUUUCAUAAAUUUAAAAGGUUUGUAGAUGUCCACUGUUAAAACAACUCUAAAAAUUGUUAAUUUCCUAGUAAAAUAUUUUAUCGUCUUCUAUAUGCUCUAUAUGCCCCAGUCAAAUUCAUUAUAAUAUUAAGGAGCAUAUUAGCACUGAAAAAUCUUUCAGAAGAUCGGAAUAACAUGACAAACACUUUCUUACGGUAUAUGAGAGUAAAUGUUUUUAAUUCAGCUUAUAUAUUUUUUCUAAGAUUUAUUCUUAUCUUAUAAAUGCAGAAAUGUUAAUAAAAAUGCGUUUAUUAGUUCAGUUUGUUGCUACUAUCUGAUUGCUUUGAGUGCAUUUCUAACUGGUGUGACAAAAGCUUCCAUAAUUUUAACGGAUAUUCCACCGAUAGGUUGCUCAUAUAGUAGAAUAUAUAGACACACUCCCUAUUCCAUAUUACAUACACAAGCCAGUUUAUUUAGUGGGGAAAAUAUGAAUAGUGCAAGAGGGGGAAAGCUUCCCGCAGACCUUUGGAGGAUUGAUUUACGCCCCAUUGACUCUUUAUCAGGCUCGCGAAAAAGACUGACCAAUCAUUUCGCUCGUAGCACACAGCAUAACAGCUCGACUCCACUUUGUUGGAGACCGAAUACAGAGAGCAUCUUGGAUAGGGGAAAGCCCAGUUCUAUGGUGCAUGGUUUCCCUUCAUUUAACCGCAUAUAAUAUAAUGUCCGAGAAUGUCCAUUUCUGGACCUCUAAGCAACUACUAUGUCGAUUCCAUCAUAAGUCAUGAGGGGGAAGAUCCGAACGCAGCUCGAUUCUCCAAUGUACAGUAUUCCAACACAAGGCAACCAGGACCCGGGGAACCUCAUGAAUUCCCUUCGUGUAGCUUUCAGCCCAAGCCUCCUGUGUUUAGUUCAUCGUGGAGUCCUUUUAGUCCUCACACGCCCAAUAGCUUACCAGCGGUCUACCAUCCUUAUAUCCCUGCUCAGCCCGUGCCUUCAACGGACACCAGAUACCUUCGCACAUGGCUCGAUUGUGCACCGAGAUCCGAGCCACUGGACGGUCAGAGCCAAGUCAAGAUGGAGCCACCCCUGGGACACCUCGAGGAACCUCCGAAGAUUGGAGUACAACAUGAGUAUGUUUUGGAAUCCUCCUCAGCUCGGGAGAUAAAUCUCGGCCACGGCUCUGGAUUAGAAGACAGCAAGGAUAUUUGUGACGGUAGUGAAGACAAAGAGGGACCGGAUCAAAACGAUCCAUCAGCCAACUGGUUACACGCUCGCUCGUCUCGGAAAAAGCGUUGUCCGUACACUAAGUAUCAAACCCUAGAGCUUGAGAAGGAAUUUCUCUUCAACAUGUAUCUUACCCGGGACCGGCGACACGAGGUUGCGCGCUUGCUGAACUUGACGGAGAGGCAAGUUAAAAUUUGGUUCCAAAAUCGAAGGAUGAAAAUGAAGAAAAUGAAUAAGGACCAGUCCAAGGAAUAAUUGGACAACUGUGCGUGCCCAAUCCUUACCCCUUUUAUCACAAUUGUGAUCACUGCUGGACAAUAAUACAAGAUGUUUGCAGACUAUGUUACACACUUUUAUAUUCUGGGAAUGCAGAUAAAUACAUCCUGAUUAUUCUUUUUCGAAAGCUAUUUGAGAACAAGAACACUGAUUACAAACUAUAAAACUACAUAAACAAAAACAAAAUCGUGUAAUAUACACGAGUAGGCUAUAUGUCUACUCUUUGUCCGCUGUUCUGAGUUUCUUUUACAGUUAUUUGAUAAACAGAAAUAUAAGUACAGUAACUUAUAUGCUUGAAUUCAAUGAAUUUUUACUUUGUAGACAUUUUGUAGGCGUUUUUAUUUUAUUCAAUGGCAAUAAGCGUGGUUACAACUAUAGAAAAACCCUGACAAUUCGUCUUCAUCUUUGUUUGCUUAGGGGAAAUUAUUUAAAUUGUUCCUUGACAAAAUAUUCGCAUUCCUUCAUAAAUGCCCAGGUUGAACUUUGACAUUUAUUUAGUAUUAAGUAAAGAUCUUGAUACUGUAGGGACAUUUUAGCUUUAUUCUGGAAUAUGUCUCCAUUAAUAAGUUUAAUUAUAUAGCAUCCUAAUUCAACUUGCUAUUGGUUUGGAUAAAACAUAGAAACAUCUUCUAAAGAUUUAAAGAUUAAACUGUGUUACAGAGUUUAUAAUACAUGACGGAAUAUUAUCAUAAAGUAAAAGAAUGAUAUUGAAACAAUUAAACCUUUCUGGUAUACUAUGUCACUACCUUUUAACUUAAUUGUUGCCCCAGUUAUCAGGUGAAGGAGGAACUUAAAAACUAUUUCUGCUGGAUGUGUGUAUAUGUAUGUAGCUAGCUUGUCUGUAACAAACGAAUUGGUUGUAUACUAUCGGUGGUUAUAAAAGUUUACAUGCAUUAGCGCAUGCCUUGUAAAGUUUUUAGUUACCAUUUACUUGAUUUUUUUUUAAAUUAGGUAGUACAGUUAUAAGCUCUUCCUGGUGUACUAUUAGAAUGAUAGUUAUAAUUUAUUCCAAAUGUUAUUGCGUUUCUUUUCAGUGUAAUAUUUUUUCAUUUUGUAAAAAGAGGAGAUCUUAUAGCUUACUUAAAUAAUCAAGUUUUUUCUUUUUUCAGACACUGUUUACAUAUUGUUGUCUAUAAAUCUCUGAAUUUUGUGUUAACACAAAAGUAUUAUGUUGUAAUGUAUACGUUUGUUCAACAUUACAUUGCUUUCCUUUGGAGAAAUAGUUGCCUAAUGGAUCUUUCUGUAGUCGCGUGGGCGUCUGUCUGCAGCUUGCUUUGAGGUGUGGAAUUUCUACAGUUUUUUUCAAAUGCUGUCACAAACUGACAGACAGAAACGACCCAUAUUACAAGUUUACACGGAUCACUGUCUGAGUCCUUGUCAUUGGCGUAUAUAACUGAUGUAUAUUUUUUACAUGGGAUGAAACCAAUACUCCACAUUCAAUGUUGACAUAAACCGUUCCUACUGAA